UGUCCGUGUGCCAUUUUCAGUUUUCUUCUUAGCUUUUCCUCUCUUCAUAACUUUCAGUUUGUUGCUUACGAUUUGGAAUAGUGACGAAGUAAAGACAUAUCACAAAUUCUGGAUCAUCCAAUUCUAAUAACACAGCAGCUUGGAAGAAGUAAAAAAUGGAGUACUUGGUCUGGUGAAGACUAAGAACAUAGCUCUCCUCAUUCUCAGUUUCUGCUACACACUCAAGGCUCUCGACUAGUAGAGUAUAGAGAAAGAGUGUGACAGACGCAGGAGAUGGAGCUUUUGGUAAUGAUCUAAGUAUUUUCCUCAGUGCUAGUUUGUCUUAUUGGUGAGAAGCAAGGAGAGAGAUGUAGUCGAGGAGGGUACAAGGAAAAGAAAUUCGAAGUAUGGAUACUGUAUUGAAAAUAUUUGAACCAGUAAUCGAGUAUGUGCGGGAUCAUGGUAUUAACCAGGUGAUCUACAUUUUUCAUUAUACGAAAAAUAUUGAGGAAUUAAAUAAGACAGUUAAGCGUCUUGGAGAAGUAAAAGAGAGCUUAGAUAGUCAAUGUGAUGAAGCUAAAAGAAAGGGUCACAUAGUUAAACCCAGGGUUGAAGAAUGGUUUGGGGAAGUGGGUGAAUUUGAGAAUAGGGUUGAGAACUACAGGAAAAAUGCAGGUCACAAGAAGACACGGGGUCUCUAUUAUUUUCUUCCUUACUAUAGGCACAAAUUGGGUAGAAAAGCAAAAAAAAUGGAAGUGGAGGCUUUGAAGCUAACAAAUGAGUCCCCCAAGGUUGACGAAGUUUCCCAUGCAGAGAAAAUAUCAUCUUUUGACAUCACUUCAUCUAAUUCUGGCUACAUUGAAUUUAAUAGUAGAAAAUCCAUUAUGGAAGACAUAAUGACAAAACUUAAAGAUCCCAAUAUGAAAAUUAUUGGACUCCAUGGAUCACAAGGGAUGGGUAAGAGCACUUUUAUAAAAAAAGUUGCUAAUAAAGCUAAAGAUGAGGGGUUGUUUGAAAGGGUGGUUGAAAUAGAUGUAACUAUCAGUCCCAAUCCUCUUAAAAUUCAGGAAGAAAUUGCAUAUGUGUUAAACUUGCCAUUAGCAGGGGAAAGUGAAAAUGUAAGAGCUGAUUAUCUAAGGAGAUGGUUAAAGUUUAAAAAUGUGAGCAUCCUUAUAAUCUUGAAUGACGUUCAUGAAAGAUUAGACUUGAAUAGGUUGGGGAUUCCGGUUGAGAAUGAUUAUGACUUAAGAAAGACAAAUGAGUUAAGCAUAAGGUCGAGACAAGAUACAAGGGCAAGUAAACAAGAUACAGCCGACAACACACGGGGUACUGACGAAAAAGUGCCAAAAAAAACAAAUUUUCUUGGUAAUUAUAAGGGAUACAAAGUUUUGCUUUCUUCAUGUGAUAAGAAAGUAUUUCCUGAUGAGGUUGAUGCUGAGUCAAGUUUUUGUUUAAAGGAAUUAGAUGACAGUGAUGCCUUGAUGCUGUUUGAGAAGGUGACUGGAGGAUGUAAUAAAAUGUCUAUGCCUAAAGAAGAAAUCCAAAACUAUUGUAAAGGGUUGCCCAUGAGAAUAGUUAAAUUUGCAAUGGCAUAUAAAAACUGGAGUGAGUCAGAAAGUGAACCUACACUAGACAAAUUUAAAAAGCAAGGUUUGGUUGAAUGGAAGAAGUCUUCGGAUAUUCCUAAUAAAAUAAAAUAUGACCUUCCAAAAAAUAAGGAACUCAAGUUCAUUUUCUUGCUUUGUGCUCAAAUGGGCCACCUACCUCUGGUUAAUGACUUGGUGAAAUAUUGCUUUGGAUUAGGUAUAUUUGAAGGGGUCUCUUCCCUUAGUGCAGCUCGUGAAAAAAUAAAUGAAGCGAUCCAAGAGCUAAAAAAUUUGAGUUUGGUGUCGUUCGAAAGUCCUAAUAUUCAUUUCAGUAUGUCUCAUAUGGUUCGAGAUGAUGCUUUAAGUAAUGCUCUCACGGAUAACAAUGUUUUUGCUUUCAGAGAUGGAGAACUAGAUUAUUGGCCCAAUCUUGAAAAAUGCAUUUCAAUUUCUAUAUGCAAUAGUGACAUUAUAGAUAGGUUUCCUCAAGUCAUAAAUUGUCCUCAACUUAACUUUUUGCAAAUAGAAACUAACAAUCCAUCUUUGGAAAUUCCUGACAUUUUUUUUAGCAGCAUGAAAAACUUGUUAGUUUUAAUAUUGACUGGUUUUCAUCUAUCAAGCUUACCAUAUUCAAUUGAAGACCUAUUGAACCUCAGAAUGCUUUGUUUGGAGCGGUGCACUUUGGAUUGCAAUUUAUCGAUACUGAGAAAGUUUAAAAAAUUAAGAAUUCUUAGUUUUUCUGGAUCUCAACUUAAAAAGUUGCCAUUUGAGUUACGAUUCUUGGAUAAGUUGCGACUACUAGACAUCAGCGAUUGUUUCGAGUUGAAGAUUAUUCCAUCUAAUCUUUUAUCAAGUUUGACAUGUUUGGAAGAGUUGUACAUAAGCAAAAGCUUGAUCAAGAUGUUGGUGGAAACAGAUACAAAUAAAGGUCAAAAUUCAUUUCUUUCUGAGUUAACGAAUUUGCAUCAGUUGAAAGUGGUAGACAUAAGCAUCCCAUGUGUUUCAUGUAUUCCUAAUCAAUUGAUCUUUGACAAGUUAACAUAUUACAAGAUUGAGAUUGGAGAAUUUGAAAUGAUUUCUGUUGGAGAAUUUUGGAUGUCCAAUAAAUAUGAAGAACUUAAAGUUUUGGCAUUGCAAUUGAAGAAUGACACUGACAUUCGUUCCAAAGAAGGCAUUAUGUUGUUGCUUAAAACAGCAGACCGUUUGAUGUUAGGAGAGGCAAGUGUUCAAAGUGUUGUUAAUGAUUUGAAUAUGGAUGGAUUUCUGAAUUUGAAACAUUUAUCCAUCAUAAAUAACAAGGACAUCAAAUAUGUCAAUUCAACAAAGCUCUCUAAUUGCGGGAAUGUUUUUCCGAAUUUGGAAUAUAUAUGCCUAUACAAUAUGAUGAACUUAAAGAUGAUAUGUUACGGUGAAGUUACAGUUACAUCAUUUGCCAAAUUAAAAACUAUCAAGGUUAAGAUGUGUUACCGGUUAGAGAACCUCUUCUCCUUUUACACAAUUAAAAUUUCUACUUGUGGAGAAGAAACUAGUGAGAUUUCUGAUUGUAAUUCUUACAUGAAUGAAUUUCUCGCUAGUCUAGAAAUGAUUGAGGUUUGUGAAUGUGAAUCUUUAAAGGAGAUCCUUCGAAUACCAGUGAAUUAUGAUAAGGUUGAAUUUCUUAUGUUGCGCACUUUGACACUUCAAUCAUUGCCAUCAUUAACAUGUUUUAGUACCAAAGUGGAGAGUUCUCGUGAGUCAAAUUUGACACAGGCUCAAACUACAAAUAGGGGUCACACAGAAAUUUCUACUGAAGAAGAUGACCAUAGUGACAUGGCGCCUCCUCUUUUUGGUGAACUAGUUGAAGUUCCAAACUUAGAGAACUUGAAUUUAUCCUCACUCAACAUUCAUAAGAUAUGGAGCAACCAACAUUCGUCAAGUGUCUGCUUCCAAAACUUGAUAAAAUUAGUUGUUAAAGAUUGUGAUAAAUUGACACAUCUAUGUUCAUUACCUAUGGCAAGCCAUCUGAAGAAGUUGAAAAGCCUCGUCAUAAGUGGAUGUCCAAUUAUGGAAAAGAUUUUUGAGACUGAAGGAAUUAGUGCAGAAAAUGUAUAUGUCUUCCCUAAGUUGGAGGAAAUCCACCUUAGCAAAAUGAAUGGGUUAAUUGAUAUCUGGCAAACUAAAGUGAGCGCCGAUUCCUUUUCUAAUCUCAUUUUCGUGAGAAUUGAAGAAUGCAAUCAACUGAACAAGAUUUUUCCGAGUCAGAUGCAAGGAUGGUUUGAAAGUUUAAUUAACUUGGAAGUUUCUGAGUGCAAGUCCGUGAUUGAAAUUUUUGAAAUCAAUGAUUCUCAUGAAAUAAAUGCUUCUGGAAUAGACACAAACUUGCAAGUUAUUCUUCUUGAAGGUCUUCCAAAGUUGAAGCAAUUGUGGAGCAAAGAUCCAGAUGGAAUUCUCAACUUUAAAAAAUUGCAGUCUAUAGAUGUACGUAAUUGUGAUGAACUAACAAAUUUGUUUCCAACUUCUGUAGCAAAAGAUGUUUCAAAGCUUGAACGCAUGUCAGUAUUUUAUUGUAAGAAGAUGGUGGAAAUUGUGGCAAGUAAAGAUGCAGCAGAAGAUAUGAAGGAUCCAUUAAAGUUUCCUGAGCUAACUUAUGUGAGACUAUAUGGGCUAUCAAACAUGAAGCAAUUCUACGAGGGAAGACAUCCUAUAAAAUGUCCAAAAUUGAAGGAGCUGAGUAUAGACAAGUGCGUGAAGCUUCAAACAUUUCUCCAACAAAAGAGUGAAACGAGAAAUGAAGAAAAUUUCAUUUUCUCAGCUGAAGAGGUAUUCCCUAACUUGGAGUAUAUGGAAAUUCACUACGAAGCUCAAAAGUUAUUAUCCAAGUACCAAAUGCAAUGUUUAAAAGAGCUUAUUAUCUUGAGAGCAGUCAAUUCUCCAGAUCUUCUCUAUUCGUUUAUGUAUAGAAUGCCAAAUCUAGAAAAGUUAAAGUUGACUUUUCCUCAAUAUGCUCGAAAGUCAGUGAAAAGUUCAAACAUUGAGCCGCAAGAAUUGGGAACCGUGUUAAAGCUGAAGCAAUUGUAUGUUUAUUUCUCGGAUAUAACGGAUCUAGGAUUUGAACGAUACCAAGUUCUACAAAGACUAGAGCUUUUGAGAUUAAAAGGUUGCCACAACUUGAACACUUUAGCUCCUUCCUCUGUAAUGUUGACUUAUUUGACGUGUUUGAAACUGAAGAAUUGUAACGGAUUGAAGAAUUUAAUGGCAUCCUCGACUGCCAAAAGUAUGGUUCAACUCAAGACAAUGAAGGUAAUCAAAUGUGAUAAAAUAGAGCAAAUAAUAAGCAUGGAGGAAAGUGAAGAAGGCAAAGAGAUGAAAAUUGUAUUCGGCAAAUUGAUUUCUAUAGAACUUUUGGGGCUAAAGAAGCUUGCAAGUUUUUGCAGGCACAAGGAGUGUGAAUUUGAAUUCUCAUCACUGGAAAUGUUUAUUGUAAGAGGAUGUCCGAAAAUGGAGAAAUUUAGUGAAAAAAGGUCGAUAGCACCAAAGUUGAAGAAUAUAUUUGGUGUGAAAGGAAAUGAAAAAUCCAAAUGGCAAUGGGAAGGUCACUUGAAUGCCACCAUACAAAAAGUUUUCAAUGAUAAGGUCAGUUUCGCAUAUACUGAAAUUCUGUGGCUUGACGAUAAUAUUAAAAAGCAACUAUGGGAUGACACUCAGGUGCAGCAAAACAGCUUUGGGUAUUUGAAAAGGUUGUGGGUAUGGGAUUGUCAUACUCUAAAGCAUAUAAUUCCAUCUCAUUUGCUUUCUUGCUUUCACAAUUUGGAAGAGUUAAAUGUACACCAUUGCAGUAAUGCAGAGGUGAUAUUUAAUAUGAAUGAUGAGAACAGGGUGAUGACAAAACCUUCCGGAAUAUUCCGUCUGAAAAUAUUGUCUUUAGAUUCGCUACCACAACUGAAGCAUGUAUGGGACAAGGAUCCGGAGGGAGUCAUGGGCCUUCAACUGCUAAAGGAAAUGCGUGUUGAAAAUUGUAAGAGUCUUAAAAGUUUGUUUCCAGCAUCGGUAGUCAAAGAUCUUACAAGACUCGAAGUGCUCGAGGUAACAAACUGUAAGAAAUUGGUAGAAAUCUUUUGGAAGGAUGAAAAGGGUGGAGAAGGAGAAACAACAACACAAGAGUUUGUGUUUCGUGAUCUCACCUCAUUGACACCAAAAGAAUUGCCAGCCCUCAAAUACUCAAUACACUGCUCCAAACAACAGUGCAUGACAGUAGGAGAAAAUGGAAUGAAGAUGAUUUUGCGAGGAGAAUUCGAGAGAAAUCUCUUAGCGAGCUUAAAAACUCUUACUCUCUGCUUUGGUUCGGAUGUAUUUCCAUGUAAAAUUCUAGAAGUGGUUCCGAAUAUAGAGAAACUUGUGGUGUGUUAUGGUUCCUUCAAGAAGAUGUUCUGUUGUGAAAGUGGUAAUAAUGUGUUACAGCGGCUGAAAGUAUUACGAUUGAAGUUCCUUGGAGAGUUGGUUUCCAUUGGGCUAGAGAACUCUUGGACUGAUUCCUUAGUCAGAAAUUUAGAAAUCUUUGAAGUCGUUAGAUGUAAGAGUUUAAAAAACUUGGUAGGAUGCACAGUGUCUUUCUCCAAUCUGAGGUGUUUGAAAGUAGAGGAAUGCCAUAGCUUAUCAUAUUUGUUGACAUCCUCAGCAGCCAAGCGUUUGGGUCAACUCAAAAGAAUGGAGAUAAGCUUUUGUCUUUCAAUUGAAGAGAUAGUGUAUAAGGAAGAUGGGGAGGAAUCAGAUGAGGAUGAGAUAAUAUUUCCGCAGCUCACUUGUUUGAAUCUUGAUACCUUAUACGAGCUCAAAAGGUUCUACAGAGGGAGUUUAGGUUUCCCGUCUUUGGAAGAACUGUCAGUAACAAGGUGCGAUGAGAUGAUAACUUUAUGUGAAGGAAGUAUAGAAGCAGGCAAGUUGUCUCAAGUUAUUGAUAAGUUGUCUCAAUUUAUUGAUAAGUACUCUGAUGCUAUUCAAUUGGAAACGGAGCUCAACUCUACUAUGAGGAAGGAAUAUCUGACAAAGUUUGCAUCAAAGGAAUGGAAAAAGAGUCUUGAAUUGAGAGAUAGGGCAGACCUACAAGAGAUAUGGCGUCUCUCACUGCAGAUAUCCGACUUUUGUUUCACUUACUUGGAAACCUUGAUUGUGAAUAAAUGCAAAAUUUCAUCAGAUGCAGUGCUACCUUUCACUCUACUUUCUUUAUUACCUAAAUUGGAAACAUUGGAAGUUCAUAACUGUGAUUCUGUCAAAACCAUAUUUGAUGUCAAUUCUUCAACACAAGUCACAGUCACUCUUUCUCUAAAGAAAUUAGUUUUACGGAAGCUUCCAAAUCUGGAAACAGUUUGUAGUGAAGUUACAGAGGCUAAUCCAGCUCAUCCAGAUGGAACAAAUCCUACGCUUAGGUUUCCCUCUAUGACGUCAUUGGCACUAUGUGAUUUGCCCAACUUCAAGCAUAAUACUAUAUAUUUCAUUCAUGAUGAUGCAGCACCAACAUUUGAGCUAAUCAUACCCAACUUAGAGCAUCUGACAGUGGGUAAAAAUGAAUUAAAGAUGAUUGUCAACGGAGAAUUUCAGAGAAACCUUUUACACAAGUUAAAAGUUCUCGGUCUGUGCUUUGAUAUUGAGUGUGAUGAAUUUCCGGAGUAUGGAUUUCUACAAAAGUUGCCAAAUGUAAUGAAGCUUGUGGUGUGUGACAGUUCCUUCAAAGUGAUUUUCUGCGAUCAAAUACCUAAUAAUAGUGAAAUUCUUUUACGAUUGAAAGAAUUACGCUUGGAGUCCCUUCAAGAGUUGGUUUCCAUUGGUUUAGAAAACUCAUGGACUGAACCCUUUGUUAGAAAUCUAGAAACCUUUGAAGUCAUUAAGUGUUCAAAUUUAAAAAACUUGGUAACAUGCAGAGUGUCUUUUUCAAAUCUGAUACGUUUAAAAGUGGAAAAUUGUGAUAGCUUGUCAUAUUUGUUCACAUCUUCGACAGCCAAAAGUUUGGGUAACCUCCAAAGAAUGGAAAUACAAGUGUGUGAAUCAAUUGAAGAAAUAGUGUCUAAAGAAGGGAAAGAAUCAGAUGAGGAUGAAAUAAUAUUUCCGAAGCUCAAUUGUUUGAGUCUUCAAUAUCUGAAAAAUCUCCUAAGGUUUUACAAAGGGAGUUUAAGUUUUCCAUUUUUGGAGGAAUUGUCAAUAAGAAGGUGCGACGAGAUGGUAACUUUAUGUCUAGGUACUCUAGAGGCAAGUAAGUUGUCUCAAGUUACACUUGAAGGAUCAAACACUAGAUUGGAAACUGGUCUCAACUCUACUAUGAAGAAGGAAUUUCUGAGAAAGAUUUCAAAGCUUGACAAACUUGAUCUGGAAAGUAGGCCAGGACUACAAGAGAUAUGGAAUGGCUCCGACCUCUGUUUCAGUAAGUUGGCCAAAUUGACUGUGAAUGACUGCCAGUUUUUAUCAGAUGCAGUGCUACCCUUUCAUUUACUUCCUUCAUUACCCAAAUUGGAGAUAUUAGAAGUUCGAAACUGCAAUUAUGUCAAAGUCAUUUUUGAUGUCAAACGUACAACAAAAGACACAUCAAUUACUUUUCGUCUGGAGAAAUUGGUAUUAUCGAAUCUUCCAAAUGUGGAAAAUGUUUGGAAUGAAGAUCCUCGUGGAAUUCUAAGCAUGCAUCAUCUAGAACAUGUGUUCGUUGAUAAAUGCAAAUGCCUUAAAAGAGUGUUUCCAGCAUCAGUAGCCAGAGACCUUGAAAACCUUGAAGAUCUAGUAGUGGAAGACUGUGAGGGAUUGAUGGCAAUUGUUGCAGAUGAAUCUCAUGAGAAUGAAGAAAUUAUAUUUAAGCGGCUUCAGGUUUUGGAUCUUAAAAGAUUAAAACAACUGACGUGCUUUUGCGCUGGCAACUUCACUUUAAAUUUUCCAUCUUUAGAGGAAGUUCACGUCAUCAAGUGCUGCUCCAUGAAAACUUUCAGCGGAGUCACCAAAAUAGGUAAUCCGACAAGGUGGUAUUAUUCAGAAUAUGCGAGACCUCGAAAGGAGACUGAUCUUAAUUCUGCUCUGCACAAAACUUGUGAAGAAGAGGCUCCAGAUGCUUCUACUAGUAUCAACGUUUCAGUUCUUCAAUACUGAAGAUAGUGGACGUGGUACAUCAAAUAUCAGUGAGAAAGCACUUUUUUAGGGUGAGUUUUACUGUCAUUUUCUCUAUGCGCAUGCAGGUCAUGAUCAGUGAGAAAGCACUUUUUCACAUGAUAACAUCAUGAUUACGUUUUAUUACGUUGGGUCUAUGUUGCCGACUCCAAUAUUGCAGUAAUUAAGAGGAGAUUGAAGGCGUUAAGAAUGGAUGAAGAUUAAUCUGUCUCGAUUUUAUUAUGUGUGAUUGUGUUUUAAAGAAAAUGAAAAAAACGAAAAAAAAAAGUGUUGUUCUACCUAGUUGAAGAUGAAUGUGUUCCUAUUUUAUUAGGUAUGAUUGUGUUUUUUAUUUAAAAAAAAAAAAAAAAAAAAAAACUGUGUUGUUCUACCUAGUUGAAGAUGAAAUACAUUAUUAUUUGUACUAUGUAAUGUGUGAGAUUAAAAGUGAUGAACAGUCAUGAAUAUUGAUUAAAGGUGAAGUGAUGAACUGUCACUAAAUAUUGUUAAUUUUA